UAAGCAUGCAGCCGUGUUGAUAGCAGCAGACGGGGUGGAUGCGCCAGGCACUCGUCCAACCUCUCACGGAGCGCCGGGGCAACAGUGGUUCAGUCUGAAGAAGCAAGCGUUCCUCUUUCGCUUCAGGACGGACCAGAUCCAUCGCCAUCAGUUGGAAUCGAGAUGAUUUUGAGAUGCACGACAAUUUAGCGCGUUCAAAUAAUAAUAAUUAUGAUUUAGCGCCAAAUCAGAACGGAAAUGGAACUACAGACGGGGAUGCUUUGUGUUUUUACCACGGACACUUGUGGGUCGUUGGAUACAAGGGGGUAACGUUAAGCGAUGUUAUCACAUCAGCCAAUUCAUUCAUUGAUCUGAUCAAGAUUUCGGCUGACAAUGACUUCCUUUUUCCCGGCGAGAGGUUCGACACGCAGUUAGCCCGACGUAGCGCAACCAGCGACCGGAGUCAUCAUUUUAAUCUCGUAGCCAUUCUUCUUUAUUACUAAGUAUCUGACAGGGGGAUCCGGCGAAAGGCCUGACCACGUUUGAUGUGGGCACACACCACCACCAUCAGCUGCGCGCUUUGGACCAAAGCCUGGUUGCACAGAUGGCAAACACAAGUGAGUUUGGGGAAAGCCUCCCUUCGCUCCAGAACUAUGCCAUCACCGCCUCUGCCUUGAAGCUGGCUUCGCUGGGGCUCAUCAUCUGCGUUGGCCUGGCGGGCAACGGAGCACUGUCCCUGCUGGUGCUGAAAGACACCACCCUCCACAAGGCGCCCUACUACUUCCUCCUGGACCUCUGCCUGGCGGACGUCCUCCGGUCCGCCGUCUGCCUCCCCUUCGUGAUGGCGUCCGUCCAACGCGGCUCCUCCUGGGCCGGCAGCGUGCUGUGCUGCAAGCUGGUCGCCUUCCUCUCGGUUCUCUUCUGUUUCCACGUGGCGUUCCUGCUGUUCUGCGUCAGCGUGACCCGCUACAUGGCGAUCGCCCACCACAGGUUCUACUCGAAGCGGAUGACUCUGUGCACCAGCCUGGCGAUGAUCUGCGCGGUGUGGACGCUCUCCUUGGCCAUGGCGUUCCCCCCGGUUUUCGACGUUGGUACUUACAAGUUCAUCCGCGAGGAGGAACAGUGUAUCUUCGAGCACCGGUACAUCAAAGCGAACGACACGCUGGGCUUCAUGCUGAUGCUGGCCGUCAUCGUGAGCACGACACACGUUGUUUACAUGAAGAUGCUUUGUUUUGUCUACGAUCACCGCAAGAUGAAACCGGCUCAGUUGGUCCCGGCCAUCAGCCAGAACUGGACUUUCCACGGUCCGGGUGCGACCGGGCAAGCGGCCGCCAAUUGGAUCGCGGGGUUCGGUCGGGGUCCCAUCCCACCGACGCUGGUCGGCAUACGGCAAGCCUCGCAUAACGGGGCGGCGAGGAGGCUUCUGGUCUUCGAUGAGUUUAAAAUGGAAAAACGCAUUGGGAAAAUGUAUUACAUGAUCACGCUUUCGUUCCUGGUGCUGUGGGCGCCGUAUUUGAUCGCAUGCUAUACUCGGAUAUUUGUCAAAGGGGCCGCCCUGCCACAGGUGUACCUCACCGCCGCCGUGUGGAUGACCUUCGUCCAGGCCGGGGCCAACCCCAUCAUCAGCCUCCUGUUCAACAAGGAGCUCCGGGUGCGUCUCAGAGCCUGUUUCCCCUGGUGUCUUCAGACACAGACUCCAAUGGAGCCCUAUUGUGUCAUCUGAGUGGAUCUGUCUGUUCUGAUGGCUUUGUCCAGUAGGACAAUAACUUUUCAUUUUCUGGAAAGGUUUCACAUUGCAAUAGCCUGCAAUAUAAGAUUGUAAAGGUGUCUUUUUAAACAUGAAAUUCAAAUGGUAUGUGUGUAAAUACUGUACAUGGAGAUUUUAGUUAUUUUACUUAUUUGUUUUCUAAUCAAACAUGUUGUGCACUUUCGAAACCUAUCUUGGAUUUAUACUGUUGUAGGCUGUUUUACAGAUAUUAGGCUAUUCUUUGUGAGAUUAUGGUGUUGAUGAUGAUGAUGAUGAUGAUGAUGAGAGAUGGUUUACCACCCAUCCCCCUGUAAUAUAAACUAUUAUCAUGCUUUCUUUUCUACUGACAUGACAAAGGGACUCUUGAGAUUCAGUGUUGUAGAAUGCGCUUCAGAGGGAUGUUUGCAAUGUUUGUAUUUCUCAGCAAAUAAAUAAGGAAUGGGUAAUGGAAUGUGCGUUUGAAGUUAAUCAUCUGACCAGUUUAUCCACAAAUCA